CAACAGAAUAAGGUACCUACUUGUUUCUCUCAACUACGAUCGGUCUGCUUUACGGUCUUGUCUUUCAUUAUCCUUCUAGCGGAUAAGUAGAGGGUCUACUACAACUCAACCGCUCUCAGAACAACUCCCGCCGCUCGCUCUUCCCAGCCACCGAUCCGCAAACCGUCAUCUGGAGACUCAUACUCAAGUACAAGCCCAGACCAUUCACUCCCGACGCACGCAACACACAAGCCACUCAUCGUCUUCCACAAAACUCACACAUUUCGAUAUGGCUUCUCAAGGCGUCGUCUCCGCACGCAGUGCCUACCGACAACUUCUCCGCGCGACCCGCGUGGCCUUCCACAACGACCUCCGCGUCAUGGUCGCAGCGCGUCAAGAAGCGCGUCGCAACUUCGACAACCACCCUCGCCAGGGCAUCGACACCCCCAUGCAGAUCAACCACGCCAUCGAGGUGGCCAACAUCCUGCGGCACAACAUCGUGCAGGGCGUGCGCGACGACGGCGACGAGAAUGCCAAGUGGGAACUCCGGAUCCACGACGAGAUCGAGCGCGGCGACAACGAUUCCAUCAAGAUCGCCGGGAAGAAGGUCAAGGUGGACAAGCCCUGCUCUGCCUGAUCACAACGAUUCGAUUUUCGACGAUUCGAUUGUACAGGGACAGACUACAGUCUAAACGGGCGGGGGGUGUGGUGGUGGAUUGCAAAGAUAUGCAUUGCGGAUUGUAUUAUAGUAUACCCGAAGUUUCCUUUUGUUUUCUCUCUUCUCUCCUUUCUGGCGUCUCUUUGGGGUAUUUCAUGGUUUGUAGAACUACUGGUAGACAAAUGCAUGCACAAA